AUGGAGUACGAGUAUGCGGGCUGGGACCGGCCCUCGGAGCGCUCGAGAUGGUCCCCCCUCACACGCAUGUUGCUCUCGGGCGAGAUGACCCAGGAGAGACAGCAAAUUCUGUCGACGAGGGACAAGUUUGACCGGUGGAUGAUCAACGAGGGUUACCGAAGAUUCUUCGUCUUCAUCUUCAUGCUAGCCCACGCCCUCAUCUUCUCCUUUGCCUCGGUCCACUACGCCGUCAAGGACAGCCUGCAAGGGGCACGGGACGUCUUUGGCUUCACCUACGUCAUUGCCCGAGCCUCGGCCGUCGUCUUGCACGUCGACGUCGGCAUCAUCCUCUUGCCCUUCGACAAGAACAUCACCUUCCACAUCACGACGGCGUGGUCCAUUGUCUUCUGGUCUUGGGUGCACACGAUUGCCCACUGGAACAACUUUGCGCAGGUCGCCGCCAAGAACAAGCUGGGCUUCUACGGAUGGCUGCUGGCCAACUUUGCCUCGGGCCCGGGCUGGACGGGAUACGUGAUGCUUGUCGCCCUCAUGGGCAUGGUCAUGACGUCGGUCGAGAAGCCGAGGCGGGCCAACUACGAGCGCUUCUGGUACACGCACCACAUGUUCAUCAUCUUCUUCUUCUUCUGGUCCCUGCACGGCGCCUUUUGCAUGAUCCAGCCCGACGUGGCUCCCUUUUGCUCCAACAUUGGCACCUCGGCCAUUGGCGUCUUCUGGCAGUACUGGAUGUACGGCGGCUUCAUCUACCUCGCCGAGCGCGUCGCCCGCGAGAUCCGCGGCCGCCACAAGACGUACAUCUCAAAGGUCAUCCAGCACCCCAGCCAGUACAUUUUCUUUUGCUGCCCCGCCGUGUCUCUGUGGCAGUACCACCCGUUUACGUUGACGAGCGCGCCCGAGGAGGACUACAUCUCCAUCCACAUGCGCUGCCAAGGCGACUUCACCAUGGCCGUGUCCAAGGCGCUCGGGGUCGUCGGCGUCGACCAGGACAAUGCCGCGGUGGACCCCGUCCUCCGCCGAGUCCUGCCGCGGGUAUACAUUGACGGGCCCUUUGGCUCGGCAUCCGAAGACGUGUUCAAGUACGAGGUGUCGAUCCUCGUGGGCGCGGGCAUCGGCGUGACACCCUUUGCGUCGAUCCUCAAGUCCAUCUGGUACCGCAUGAACUACCCGCAGACCAAGACGCGCCUGUCCAAGGUGUACUUUUUCUGGAUCUGCCGCGACUUUGGCUCGUUUGAGUGGUUCCGCUCUCUCUUGAUGGCUGUCGAGGCGCAGGACGUGGACCACCGCAUCGAGAUCCAUACGUACCUGACGGCCAAGAUCAAGUCGGACGACGCGACCAACAUCAUGAUCAACGACGCCAACGCGGACAAGGACACCAUCACGGGGCUGAGAAGCCCGACCAACUUUGGCCGACCCAACUGGGACAUGAUUUUCCGGGGCAUCAGGAAGCUGCACUCGCCGGGUGAGGCGGGCGUCUUCUUCUGCGGACCCAAGGGGCUGGGCAGCUCGUUGCACGUCUACUGCAACAAGUACACGGAGCCUGGGUUCUCGUUUGUCUGGGGCAAAGAAAACUUUUAG